GGCGUGCGGGCGGCGGGAGCCGUGCGGGGCGCGGGCGGCGGCGGCGGCCAUGUCGGUGUGCGUGCGGGCCGUGGUGCGGGUGCUGGUGCUGCAGGCGGCUUGGGCGCUGGGCGGCGGGCAGGUGCGCUACUCGGUGCCGGAGGAAGCCAAGGGCGGCACGGUGGUGGGGCGGCUGGCGCAGGACCUGGGCCUGGAGGCGGGCGAGGCGGAGGCGCGGCGGCUGCGGCUGGUGUCGCAGGGCCGGCGGGCGAGCGUGGAGGUGAGCGGGGCGAGCGGGGCGCUGGUGGUGAGCUCGCGGCUGGACCGGGAGGAGCUGUGCGGGAAGAGCGCGCCCUGCGCCCUGCGCCUGGAGGUGCUGCUGGAGCGGCCGCUGCGCGUCUUCCACGUGGAGGUGGAGGUCACCGACAUCAACGACAAUGCCCCGCUCUUCCCCGCCGCCACCAAAAACCUCAGCAUCGCGGAGCUGUCGCUGCCGGGGUCCCGCUUUCCGCUGGAGGGCGCGUCGGAUGCAGAUAUCGGAGCCAACGCGCAGCUCUCCUAUACCCUCAGCCCCAGCGAGCACUUCGCCCUGGACGUGAAAUCUAAAGGCGAGAACAAAAAUUCCGUAGCACUCGUCUUAAUGAAAUCUCUGGACCGCGAGUCUCUAGCCGAGCACCGUCUGGUGCUGACGGCGAGUGACGGGGGCAGACCGUCGCUGACGGGCACGGUGGAGCUGGUGGUGUCAGUGCUGGAUGCGAACGACAACGCGCCCCAGUUCAACCAGUCGAUCUAUAAGGUUAGGCUGCCGGAGAGUGCGCCGCCGGGAACUGUGUUUCUGCAUCUAAAGGCGACAGAUAAGGACGAGGGAAUUAACCAGGAAAUCUCUUAUGGCCUUAGCGAGGCAGUUUCUGAUAAAUUGAAGGAUUUGUUCAUAAUUGACAGAGUAUCAGGGGAAAUGAGGACUGCAGGACAACUGGAUUUCGAGGAUGUUCAGUCGUACGACCUGGAGGUCGAGGCGAGAGACAAGGGCGUUCCGCCGUUGUCUGGACACUGCAGCGUGGAGCUGGAGGUGUCGGACGUGAACGACAACGCGCCCGAGGUGUGGGUGACGUCGCUGUCGGUGCCGGUGGCCGAGGACGCGUCGUUGGGGACGGUGGUGGCGCUGCUGAGCGUGUCGGACCGGGACUCGGGGUCGAACGGGCGGGUGCGGUGCGCGGUGUGGCCGCCGUCGCCGUUCGGUCUGGUGGCGACGUUCGCGGGCUCGUACUCGCUGGUGCUGCGGGAGGCGCUGGACCGGGAGCGGGUGUCGGAGUACGAGGUGGAGGUGCGGGCGGAGGACGGCGGGGCGCCGCCGCUGCGCGCCAGCCGCGGGCUGCGGGUGCCGGUGUCGGACGUGAACGACAACGCGCCGGCGUUCUCGCAGGCCGUGUACACGGUGUUGGCGCGGGAGAACAACGCGGCGGGCGCGGAGCUGGCGCGGCUGUGGGCGCGGGACCCGGACGAGGCGGGCAACGGGCGCGUGAGCUACUCGGUGGCGGAGGGCGGCGCGGGGGUCGGGGUCGUCGGGUCGGGGUCGGGGUGGCGUCCGGCGUCGAGCUACGUGUCGGUGGACGCGGAGAGCGGGCGGCUGUGGGCGCUGCAGCCCCUGGACUACGAGGAGCUGCAGGUGCUGCAGUUCGAGGUGCGGGCGGUGGACGCGGGCGAGCCGCCGCUGUGCGGCAACGCCACGGUGCAGCUCUUCGUGGUGGACGAGAACGACAACGCGCCGGCGCUGCUCCCGCCUGCCGGCGGCGGGCCGGGGCCCUGGGCUGCGGGCGAGGCGUCGGCGUCGGCGUCGGCGCCGGGGUCGCUGUGGGCGUGGGCGGCGUGGGGGGCGCCGGCGGGGCAGGUGGUGGCGAAGAUCCGCGCGGUGGACGCGGACUCGGGCUACAACGCGUGGCUGCGCUACGAGCUGUGGGAGCCGCGGGGCAAGGGCCCGUUCCGCGUGGGGCUGUACAGCGGCGAGGUGAGCACGGCGCGGGCGCUGGAGGAGGCGGACGGCCCGCGGCAGCGGCUGCUGAUCGUGGUGCGGGACCACGGGGAGCCGUCGCGCUCGGCCACGGCCACGCUGAGCGUGUCGCUGGUGGAGGGCGCCGAGGCGGCGCUGGCGGCGGCGGGGGCGGUGUCGGCGGGGGCGGGGCUGCGGCCGGCGGAGGGCGGCGCGGCGGCGGCGGCGGCGGCGGCGGCGGCGGCGGCGACGAACGUGUGGCUGGUGGUGGCCAUCUGCGCGGUGUCGAGCCUGUUCCUGCUGGCGGUGGUGCUGUACGGGGCGUCGCGCUGGGCGCCGCGGGCGGCCGUGCUGUCGGGGCCCGGUCCGGCGACGCUGGUGUGCGCCAGCGAGGUGGGCAGCUGGUCGUACUCGCAGCGCCAGAGCCGGAGCCUGUGCGUGGCGGACGGCGCGGGCAAGAGCGACCUGAUGGUUUUCAGCCCCAACUGCCCGCCGCCGCCCGGCCCCGCGGCAGAAAACGGUUCUGCCGAGAAGGGACCUUCGCUCUCCCCAUACUCUUCAGGCGCGCCAAAACACCCCAAUCCUGACUGGCGCUACUCUGCAUCCCUAAGGGCAGGAAUGCAAAGUGCUGUGCAUAUGGAGGAGGCAGGAAUCUUACGUGGAGGGCCAGGAGGGCCUGACCAGCAGUGGCCAACAGUCUCCAGUGCUACUCCCGAACCUGAGGCAGGAGAGGUGUCCCCACCCGUGGGAGCUGGUGUGAACAGCAACAGCUGGACCUUUAAGUUUGGACCGGGCAAUCCCAAACAAGGUGGUCCUGGUGAGUUGCCAGACAAAUUCAUUAUCCCAGGAUCUCCUGCAAUCAUCUCCAUCCGGCAGGAGCCACCAAACAGCCAAAUUGACAAAAGUGACUUCAUAACCUUUGGCAAGAAGGAAGAGACCAAGAAAAAGAAGAAAAAGAAGAAGGGAAACAAGACUCAGGAGAAAAAGGAAAAGGGCAACAGCACUACUGAGAACAGUGAUCAGUGAGAGGUUUAUACUGAAAGAACCCACUUAGCCCGUUUUUGUAAUAAUGGCAGAUUUCUCCUAUGUAGCAACUCCCAAUUUCUUCCUACUGUUAACAAAUUUCCUGUAUGUACAGACUUCAGAAAAUCAGCAGGAAAUUCACAGUGUCUGUCUAAAUUUCUUAACAGGUUUUGUGUUAAAAAGCUUUAUUAAGUCUGGUGUUAACUCUUUUUCUCCACUCUGGCUUGUUUUCAGAAUCUAAAAAGCAGACACAAGUUUCCUUUCUCCUACGCCGAAAAGGAGAAUCUUCACAGUACAGCCAGUGAGAGGUUGGAAUCUCUGCACUGUGGUUCCUGUGCUCCUGUCUUGAUGACACUUACAGGACAGGUUUAAAAGUUUUAAUAUGGUGCACCCUCUAUCUGAUUGGAAAUCUUUGUGUGCAGAUGUCAGCUAGGUGAUAUGAGACCAGGUUACAAGAUGCAAGAAGAGCUGGUAAAUAUGCAACAAAUGAAAAACCUAAUGAACAUACAUGUUCAAAGAUGUUCAGGCUGGGGAGGAAAUGUCUGAAAGGUGACCAGACUUUUCAAACCUUGGGAAGUCACUGUGUGGGAAUACUGAGCCCUAUACAUGACGUAUUUUACACACUCCUGAAAAUAAAACCUCACAUUUACAGCUCUUUAAGAUGCCAUAAAUUUUAUGUCUUUACCAAGCAAGCCAUUGGGAAAAUUGUCCCUUAAAGCCCUGCAUUACCCUGGCAAGGCUAGCCCUGCGAGUAUAAGAAGGGCUGGGCUGACAUCCCAGGAAUGUAAUUGACUGUGAUGCUCUGUGUCCCUGUUGCUACUCUAACAUUAUUUUGCACAUUAUGUCUCUGAAAAGGUCAGAGUUUUUCCAUGACACUUAUGCAAAAGAGAGGAAAAAAGAAAUGUUAACUAUACUAUUUGUUAUUUGAGAUAUUUAUUUAUAAAGAAAUAUAGCUGUAAAUGUUAAAGAAAUAUGAUGCCCUUUAACCCAAACAGAAGUCAGUCUAGAGCCAUUAUAAAUUAUGAUUGCUGCUAUUAAAGUGCUUUAGAAAAAUUGCCUGAAACAUCUGUAUUAUAUCGGCCACUUGCCAAUAACAGCUUUAUUCUGUCGGGUCACUUGGGGGCUGCCUCUUGCAUGUAUUAAUAAAUACAGUAAUAUAUUAUUUUUUUUUGCAUUAAUCUGCACUUUGAAUACACCUUUGCAAAGAAACUGUCCUAAUAUGAAGAAGGAGAAGAAAACUCCUCACACAAAUGGAUUUAUAUAACCUGCUAGUUCUGUGCAGUACCUUGGUGUUACCUCCCACACAACCUUUUCUGAUUUUAAUUUUACUUUUUCUAUGAGAUUAUGAAUUUCUGACCCUACUAACACUCAUUAUGUAAAAUUCAAGUACUGUAUGUAUGCUGUAUGCUCUUAUAAGAAUCCUGAAAUAUUUAUUCUGUGCUUGUGUAUGUGAAUGUCAAUGCAACUAUUAUUAGAGUGGACUUUAAGCUUUAUUGUUGAAUGUAAAUUCAUUAUUUCUUUUUUUGUACACUUGUGAAAAAGUGAAGUAGUGUUAAUUUUUUAAGCCACUGUUGAUUAUCAGUUGGUUAUUUUUGUGUGUGUAUGAAACACAAGUAAAAUAUCUUUCUUAAAUCAAUCCAUGCAUGCAUUUUGGGAUUUAUUGGUAAUAACCUGUGAAGCUAAAGCUCUGUGAAUUACAAAACCUAAGGAUAGGAUGGAGUACUGAAUGUGAUUGAAGAUGUUGAUCUAAAACUAACACAUGUAUUUUUAAAAAGAAUAUAGCAGAUGAGGGAAUUCCAAAGAAGUUUUCUACAUCAUUGUACAUUCACAGAAUAAAGCUCAAGUGUCAUAUUAAUUGGAACCAUGUAAAAACUAUAUAGCUUUAAAAUUUCAAACAGUCCUUUUAAUCUAGGAUCAAAGAGAAUAACUGGAUUCCUUGAGACAUGUCCUGGAUGUUUUAAGUUUCCAAACUGCUGACAGUUCAGAACAGGUCAAUUCCUAUUCAUUUAAAUCUGCUGCAAGUCUUAAAACGUCACGGAUGGUAAAGCUCUAAUAAAAGAAUUAAUACCUCAAAAUGUGAACC